GCCACUUCUGUAUGAAAUGGAGCUGAUUGGUAGAUCCGAAAGUGUACACCAAUCACAAGCAAUUGUUAUUGAAUAGCUGCAGAGUAAAAAGUUUUGCUGGAUAUAAACGUUGUCCUCAUGGUGUGUGCAGUUGAAGUAAACUUUUACGGACAUUGUGCACGUUAAUUACACUGUUAGCAAAUAUGGCAAUGCGUCAGGUACUUAAAAAAUUACUGAGAAACGUUAAACCUGCCAUGUACACGUCGAGUAUAUUGUUCGCCCAUUGCGUUUCGCCUGAUAAACCUAGUGAAAAUGCAAAAUUAAAGCUGGAACUGUUGGACGUGAAAAAGCUAACCUACGAGCACAUGAUAAGACAGUCCGCGUUGGAUGCUACCAACAGCGCAACACAGGCAUUGACCGUCACCUAUAUGGCAAUAACACAUCUAAGUACUGAAUAUAGAACAUUGUUGAAGGAACUUAUUUCUCUGCAUGAAGAAACCUUAAAUUACAAUGUGAGUGAUGUGCACUGGGAUGCAAUUGUAGAGACACGAAAUCAAAUGCAACUCAAAAAAGAAGGCAUUAUGAAUUUGACUGGAUACAUGGACUAUGUGCAUAAAAUGGCAGAAGCUGCCUCUAUGCUGAGUUACUUAUCUGGGAUGGACAAUAUAUCCAACACACUUCAACAAAGGAUAGAUGAUGCGUUGAACAAGAUAAAAGUGGAAAUUGAGAGCAAUGCAGAAUUGGAACGAGAAUAUUUGCGUAUACAGGAACAGUGCAUAAAAGAUAAUAAGAAAACCGAGAAAGAAUAAAUGUCUUUAUAGAUUAAUUCU